AUGGCUUCCAACGAGAUGCCACCAGCCAAACGGCUGAAGAGCAACCUGCCGGCGCCGCUCCGCGACGCGAAGCGCAAGGACAUCGACAACUGGGAGACGAACCGAAUGCUGACAUCGGGAGUCGCCCAACGACGAGAUUUUGAUGGCGACUUCAUGCCCGAGGAUGAAGAAGCCACGCGCGUCCAUCUGCUGGUCCACGACCUCCGACCUCCGUUCCUCGAUGGCCGAACGAUUUUCACAAAGCAGUUGGAGCCCAUAUCGGCGGUGCGCGAUCCGCAAAGCGACAUGGCCGUGUUCAGUCGGAAGGGAAGCAAGGUUGUCCGGGAGCGGCGCCAGCAGCGCGAGCGACAGAAACAGGCGCAGGAGGCUACCACCAUGGCGGGCACGGCGCUCGGGAAUCUGAUGGGAGUGAAGGAGGACGAGGGCGAUAGCGCGGUUGCUUUGCCUGUGGAGGAUACCUACAAGAGCGGGAAUAAGUUUGCCCAGCAUAUGAAGAAGAGCGAGGGCGGGCAGAGCUCGUUUAGUAAGAGCAAGACGCUGCGCGAACAACGAGAGUUCUUGCCUGCGUUCGCGGUCCGCGAGGAUCUGCUCCGCGUUAUUCGUGACAACCAGGUGGUAGUCGUUGUGGGCGAGACGGGCUCGGGGAAGACAACCCAGCUGACGCAGUUCCUUCAUGAAGACGGUUACUCGAAGUUUGGGAUGAUCGGCUGCACGCAGCCCCGGCGAGUGGCUGCCAUGAGCGUGGCGAAACGUGUGAGCGAGGAAAUGGAAGUGGAUUUGGGCGAUCUUGUCGGAUAUGCGAUUCGCUUUGAGGACUGCACAAGCGACAAGACGACGAUCAAGUAUAUGACUGACGGUGUACUUCUCCGCGAGUCGCUCGUUCAGCCCGAUCUGGACAAGUACUCGUGCAUCAUCAUGGACGAAGCGCAUGAGAGAGCUCUGAACACCGACGUCCUAAUGGGUCUACUGAAAAAGGUUCUCGCCCGCAGGAGAGAUCUGAAGUUGAUCGUCACCUCCGCUACGAUGAAUGCCGAGCGGUUUUCACGGUUCUUUGGCGGCGCCCCCGAGUUUAUCAUUCCUGGAAGGACAUUCCCCGUUGAUGUCCACUUCUCGCGCACUCCUUGCGAAGACUACGUCGAUAGUGCAGUCAAGCAGGUCUUGGCUAUUCAUGUCUCGCAGGGUCCUGGCGAUAUCCUAGUGUUUAUGACGGGCCAGGAAGAUAUCGAAGCCACCUGCGAGCUAGUCGACGAGCGACUCAAACUACUAAACGACCCGCCCAAGCUCAGCAUCCUGCCUAUAUACAGUCAAAUGCCGGCUGAACAACAAGCAAAGAUCUUUGAACGCGCCGCCCCUGGGGUGCGCAAGGUCAUCGUCGCCACCAACAUCGCCGAAACAAGCUUAACUGUUGACGGUAUUAUGUACGUCGUGGACGCGGGGUACUCGAAGCUGAAAGUGUACAAUCCGCGGAUGGGCAUGGACACGCUACAGAUCACUCCCAUAUCGCAAGCGAACGCCAACCAGCGGUCCGGAAGAGCAGGCCGAACCGGACCCGGCAAAGCCUACCGUCUCUACACUGAGAUGGCAUACAAGAACGAGCUGUACCUCCAAACGAUCCCCGAAAUCCAGCGCACCAGUCUGUCCAACACAGUCCUCCUCCUCAAGUCCCUUGGCGUCAAAGAUCUCCUCGACUUCGAUUUCAUGGAUCCGCCUCCGCAAGAGACCAUCACCACAUCCCUCUUCGAGCUCUGGUCCCUAGGAGCGCUCGACAACCUCGGCGACCUGACAUCGCUCGGCCGCCGCAUGACGCCGUUCCCCAUGGACCCGCCUCUCGCGAAGCUCAUUAUCACCGCAUCCGAAGAAUACGGCUGCAGCGAGGAGAUGCUCACGAUCGUGUCAAUGCUCUCGGUGCCGAGCGUCUUCUACCGUCCCAAAGAGCGCCAGGAGGAAUCCGACGCCGCGCGCGAGAAAUUCUUCGUCCCGGAAUCCGACCACCUCACGCUCCUUCACGUUUACACGCAGUGGAAAUCCAACGGCUACUCGGACGGCUGGUGCACCAAACACUUCCUGCACGCCAAGGCCCUGCGCCGCGCCAGGGAAGUCCGCGACCAGCUGCACGAUAUCAUGGUCGCGCAGAAGAUGCCGCUGGUAAGCUGCGGCACCGACUGGGACGUCAUCCGCAAGUGCAUCUGCUCCGGCUUCUACCACCAGGCCGCCCGCGUCAAGGGCAUCGGCGAGUUCAUCAACCUGCGCACCAGCGUCACCAUGCAACUGCACCCCACCAGCGCGCUCUACGGCCUGGGCUACGUGCCCGAGUACGUCGUCUACCACGAGCUGAUCCUAACCAGCAAGGAGUACAUGUCCACCGUGACCGCGGUGGAUCCGCACUGGCUCGCCGAACUCGGAGGCGUCUUCUACUCGGUCAAGGAGAAGGGCUACUCGCAGCGCGAGCGCCGCGUCACCGAGCACGAGUUCAACCGGCGCAUGGAGAUCGAGAGCCAGAUCGCCGCAGACCGCGAGCGUGCUGCCGCCGAGAAGCAGCGCGAACAGGAACGGAACGACCCGACACGCCGGCGGCGAGAGGUGGAAGUCGGCUCGGUCGUGCGCCGGCCAGCCGCCCCCGGCAAGCGCGUCGGCGGGGUGACUGCGUCCUCGACCGGAGGUCGCAAUGGGACCGGUGGCGGUGGCAGCGUGGUGAAGAAACCGCCCAUCAAGCGGAAACCGGGACGGGCGUUCUAG